GUUUCCCCUUAUAGCCGACAUUCGAAGAACGAAAAACCAUUCCGACUAGAAAACAUUGAGGAACAUCUUCACAGAGACCUCUUCACAAUUCAGUCCCCUCCCCACAUCUCUCCUCCACAAUCGAAGAAACAACAAAAGACAUGGUGAAGAAAGAAUUGGAGGUGGUGAAGGGCGUGGACUUGGAGAGGUACAUGGGAAGAUGGUACGAGAUCGCGUCGUUCCCGUCCUUCUUCGUGCCGAAGAACGGCGUGGACACGAGGGCGACGUACACUCUGAACCAGGACGGGACAGUGCAAGUGCUCAACGAGACAUGGAGCGACGGCAAGAGAGUGGCCAUCGAGGGCACGGCGUAUAAGGCGGACCCGAAGAGCGACGAGGCCAAGCUCAAGGUCAAGUUCUUUGUCCCUCCGUUCUUGCCCAUCAUUCCUGUCGUUGGGAACUACUGGGUGUUGUACCUCGACGAUGAUUAUCAGUAUGCUCUCAUCGGAGAGCCCACCAGAAAGUACCUCUGGAUAUUAUGUAGGAAGACUCGUCUGGAGGAUGAGAUUUAUGAGAUGCUGGUUCAGAAGGCCAAGAACGAAGGCUAUGACCCAAGUAAACUCCGCAAGACUCCACAGAGCGACCCUCCGCCUGAAGGAGGUCCCCAAGACAAUGGCACUUGGUGGCUCAAGUCCCUUAUCGGUAAAUAGGAGGCGCUCGGCGAAAGUGGCCUCCCAAACAUUCCCCGGAAAAUAAAAAUAAAAAAAGAGAACCCUGUCUGUCUAUGAUGUUCUGGAGUUUGUGUGCUGUUAGAAACAUGUAAUUAUAGCUCGUGCCGUGUAAAGUUGCUGUGAUCUUUGCAAAUGUUGAAUUAGUGUUUAAGAAUGAGAUGAAUAAAGAUCGCUACGCGAAACUCCCUCUUUUGAU